CCGGUCCAGGGCCUUAGAGUUCACAUCAUGGGCCCGAAGCGCCCCAAGAGCUCGCAGUCUAAUGCUGGGGUCGCCCCGCACGGCCGGAACUGGGAGAGCGGACUGAUCAGCACCCCGCUGGAGGAGGACACGUGGAAGGUGAGCAUCGCUUUCGUGGUUGAGAACCGGCAGGAAGAUGAAGUCCACACCAAGGCUCUGUCGCAGGCCGUGAGCGCGCCCAUGCGCAGGCUCUUCAGCUUGGUGUCCUGGGAGAGCACGCUGCAGCAGAUCCACGAACUUGGAAAUUCCAAAAUAAAGAAGACCAAAGACUCUCCUUCCUUCUCUGAGGUGACGGAGGCCGCGAAGGCUCUGCUGGACCGCGGCGGUGACCUUCCUCUUCCUCUCAUUGCCAAGCUUCUGAAAUUCCAGUUUCUGCGCAUCAAACAGAAGGACCUGCAGAGACGAGAUGCCAUAAACAAGCCAAAAGAAGAAAAGACUAAAAAGAAAUCCGCUAAAGCAAAGCCACCCAGCGCCAAGUCUCCUGGAAAAGGCAACAAAGCACCGGAAGCGCCUCCUCCAAUCAAAAAGGAGACAACCCUCCGACGACGUGGCGAAGACGAGGACACCAAGUAUAUAGAUGACGAGCCAGACGAUGGGGUCCACCAUUACAUCAUCGUGCUCGGGUUUUACCAGCCUCAGCUCCUGGCUCUGUUGGCCGACCUCGGCGUCCACGUGGCGUCCGUGAUCAGGAUCUCGUCCCAGAGCUACGCCAGUUUGCCGGCUGAUCAGGGGGAUCUGAGUUUGGCCCCGGAAGUUUUAGAAGCGGGAAAGCAGAGGAAAGCGACUCUCGCCAAAUCCCUGGAGGUUUUCUGGAAGUAUCUGGAGCCGAUUCUGGAGAGCGGGAAGCCGGGGUCCAGCCUGCUGGAGGUGGCCAGGCUGCAGUGCUUGGUGAAGGAGAGCGACUACCCCCCCGACUGGGGUAACAGUGACAUGCAGCUGGCGUUCGCCUCCGAGGUCUUUGAAAAUGUCGCCUGUCUGAUGUACGACACUCUGGACUGGAGGCGCCAGCACCGGCACUACCUGAGCAGCCUGCAGCUGGUUAAAGUCCCGCUGGUGUCCAGAGACAAGGUCCCCGCCGCCCAGCCGCCGCCGCCAGAAACUCGUGAGACCGACGCGGCUCCACAGACCCCCAGCAGCAAGAAGAAGACCCAACCCGACGACGUCCACCCCACGUUCUCCCUUCCACCAGAGACCUCACCACCCGAUGAGGCGGAAGCCGCCGGUCUCAGCGCGGACGUGGACAUGAACUAUUACAACGAUCUCCUGAGUGACGUCCCCGACGAGCUCGCUUCCGUCCCGCUCAUACUGCACUGUGUUCUGGAGCAGGUUGUGGCGACAGAGAGGGAUCUAGCGCCCCCCAGCGAAGCCGAGCCCGAGCCCCGCGCCGACGGCCUGGAUCCCGCGGUCGCAGACCACCUCCUGUCUGUCCUGGAUUCUCUGUCUCUUUCCGAGAAGGAAAAGAAGAACCUGUACAACACUUUCCUCUUCCAAGACAAGGAGGAGAAAGAGGCUCAGUCCAAAGGGCCGCUGCAAAUGAGCUGCCACGACAAGACGAGACAGCGCAUGUUCCAGGCCCAGGUCCCAAAGUCUUUAGAUCUGAUCAAAAUCGAGCGGGAGAUGCUGCAAAAACUGCCCCUGUCCGAGCUCCUGCGCUUCACUCAGCCCUCGCCCGAGGGCAACUCGCAGAGACUGGCUCAGAUCCACGAGCUGAUGCAUUACUGCGCGGCCGACCCCCUGAGCCGGGAGGACGUCGGGCGGGCGUUCAGGAUGUUUACCUUCGAGAGCCUGAAGCUGACGGGGCUGGACGAGUCCGGAUACCUGGAAUGUACCGGAAAGAUGCUGGCGGGAGACCCCGCUAUUCCCUGGGACAAUCCGGCCUCCUUCGCCCGUCAGAUGUGGAGAUCGGCAAGCGUGAGGAGGAUGCGCGAGCAAAGAGAGCGCUGCACAGCGGGAACGGGCAACGAAGAGGACAGCCAAUCGGAAGGUGUUUUACCUGCGGAGAAUAAGGAGACGGACCUUGCAGAUAUCCAGAGGACGCGGCGACGGUCAUUGAGUGAUUGGUGCUAUUCUGAAAGAUAUGAGCCGGACCUUCUCCUCCAGGUCCUGCAUGACGCGGCUCAGUCAUACCAAUGCAUGGAUUCUUAUUAUCUCGCCCAAGACAACUCCCUGCUCCUCGCGCUGCACAGCCCCAUGGACUCGUUCCGCCAGAGCCAGGACGCCUGGGACAUGGCCCUCCACUCCGACGUCAGCUUCCGAAACUAUCUGGAGCUGGUGGCCGAUUCCAUCUCCGACUGGGUGCAGAAAGAGGAGGAAAAAUACCAGGAGGAGAAGAUCCAGAAAGAGCUGAAACCAACCCAAAACGACGCGCGGCCCGGAGCCGCCUCCCCCCGGGGCAAGAAGGGCAAGAAGGCUGCUUCACCCAAGAAAUCCAAGAGUCCCAAGGGCAGCCGGUCCAGACCAGGAAGUAAAGCGGAAGAAGAAGCCCCCGAGCCGGCCCGGGACCCCUUUAUCCGGGAAGACUCGCUGAAGGCAUGGAAGGAGGAGCGAGAUCGUCUGCAGGAGGAAGAGCGUCUCAGGGAGGAGAAGAGGAACGCCAAGAGCGGCAAAUCCAAGGCCAAGCGGAGGAAGGGCAGCAGCGAGCGGGCGGAAUCCCGGGAGAGCAAGCGCUCCCCGCAGGGUCGGGGGACGAGCGCCAAAGACAGAAAGAAGCCAGAGGAACCCCAGGAACCGGCCGGCGAUACCUCAGUCCUCCCCACGGCAGCCCCUCAGGAGGUAUUUAAGCAGUUUAUUGGUUACGACACGGGGGACGAUUUAAUCCAAGUGUCGGGAAGCAGCCGGAGCCUCUACCCGGCGGACGGGGGCCAGAUCCGGGCCGAACACCUCCGCUUCCAGAAAGGCUCUUCUUUUGUGAAAAUGAAUUUACUGAAGGACGGACACAGCUUCCUGAUCCACAUCACCAACCCCUACCGGCCGCGCGGAGAAGAGGAGCAGCAAGAAAAAGCAGCCACGGAAAGGAGCGGCGUCAGUGAAUUCGGGUCGUUCGUGGCCGCGUUGGCCGGCGGGAUCCGGUUUUCUCUCAGCCACUAUGGCCCGUCUGGCAAAGGACCAGAGCACAAGGACCCCGAGCUGGCAGCCAUGCUGAGCAUCCCCUCCGUGCAGACCCCCAGCAUUGUCCCAGCGCCCCCACCCCAUCCCCCGGCCACCCCUUCUGGGAAGUCGCGCAAAUCCCCCCGACAAAAGUCCCCCAAAGCCAGCCGGGUGAAGAGCCCCAGAUCAGCGCCACGGGAGGAGAGCCCAGGGCCGGAGGAGGCCAAGGUGGAACCGGCUGAGCCCCCUCUGCCUCCGGCCCCCAAUCCGGUACCGGCUGCUCCCGCUUUCCAAAGUCUCAACGUCUCCUGUCCUAACGGGCUGCUGCUGGCGUUCCUGAGAGACGACUCGGCAGGUGAGUUACGCCGGCAGGUGACACCGCGUGAUAACCUGCUGAUCCGACAGAGCUAUCCGGGGAGAGUGAGGAGCGGGCGGCUGUGUAAAUGCCCCGGGAGUCAGGCCGUACCGGAGGCGUCUCGCGUGGUGACCGCCCGGGGGACGGUGGUGAAAUACAUGCUGGACGGAUCCACCCAGGUUCUCUUUCCUGAUGGAAGCGUAAGUAGGAGUCCAGACUCCGGGCCCGUUGUCCGGCUCCAGCCUCCCUCCCCAUCACCUGCCGAAGCCUCAGAUGAGACGAGCCGUGAUCCCCUGCCGGUGACCCCCCCCACAUCCCCACCGGAAGAGCAGAGACGGGAACCGGCACCUGACACCGGGACCAAGAAAGGGAGAAAUGGCCAGAAGACAACUCCAUUGUCAACCAAGCAGGAGACCGUGGAGCCACCACCACCAGAGCCAGCAGCCAGUGCACCCAACCCCCCUGACAUAAAGCCUGGGACCUGGGUCACAACCACCCCGGGUGGUCAGCAGAUCGGCACCAGAGGCUCAGAGAAACUGGAACUGGAGCCCAUCUUGUCAUUCAAAGCCACCGACCCCGUCAACGGGACAGUGAUGACCACUCGAGAAGACCAGGUGGUGACUGUCCAGAGCGAGGACGGGACUUUCAUCGUGGAACAUGCCGAUGGGACCAGGAUAACUACCUUCUACCAAAACGUGGAGAUCCCACUGGCCGGAGACCACGAGGAGACAGGGGAAGCCCCGCAGACCGUUACGAGGAGAGGCAAGUUUGUGCGGGUGGAGAGCGAAGGAUUUGCCACCAUAGUCCUGAACAGCGAAGCCGGUAUCUACUACUCCACGUUUCCAGAUGGCACAGAGGUGCUGGCGGAGCCGCGGGGGGUCUACCAGGUGGUCCCGCCGCUGUCCGGCUGCCUCAGCAUUGACCAGGAGGGACGUGCGGUUUAUUCACCGAGAACCGGUUCCUCGACCCAGAUCCCUUCCCGACAGGAGGUCCCCGGGAGCUACACCAUGAGCCACACGGCGGAGGUGAUCUGCGAGACCACCGACCCGGAGGGCAACCUCUACCAGGUCAUGGUGGACGGCAGCACGUCCGUGGUUCUGUCCGGCGGAGAGACCGGGGAGGAAGACGAAUACGGCGAGAAGGAAUCGGAUCAGCCUGGCGUGGCCCCGGGGGCCCCUUUGGAAGUCUAUGAUCUACACAUCCCCAGGUUUUUCGUCGUCCUCCCCGAUGGCUCCGGCUGUGAACUCCUUCGGAAGCGGGAGGUGGAGGAUUAUUUGGCGACCUCCUACGGUGACCCCGAAACGGCUGUCAUACAGGAGCCGACCCUGGAGAUGCCAGGGGUGCAGAGCGUUACUGUCCUCAAGCCCCUCUCGGAGGCGUCACCGUGGAUCAUGAAGAAACACUUAAAGGAUCUGGUCCCCCCAAAUCUUCUUUCUCGGUCCUGGGAGGCCUUCCCGCCCGUUGAGAGAAAGACCCCCGGGCCCCCCCUGGGAGCCGCGACGUGGAAGGGUCUCUGCUUUACCAGCAACCAAACGGAGAAACGUCCGCCACCUAUUGUGAAAAACCCCAAAGCGCUGACCAUGCGCAGACUCCUUCGGUACGAGACCAUCAGCGAGUCGCUGCGAGAGGGGCUGCAGCGGUCACUAAAGCGAUACAUCGACGAGAUCCUGGAGAAAGAGGAACGUCUGCAGGAGACGGGAAUAAAAGAUCCGAGAACGACGGAGGAGAGAGAGCGAGCGGCUGGGCUUCUGCAACUCGUCCUGUCUUACGCAGAGUCCUGGGAGCCAUCAGAGGAUUCCAGUCCAGCGCAUGCGGAAGGUGGCAGCCGGCCCCUCGUCCUGACCGAUCACUCGCCACCGCAGGCCGACGUGGCAGAUCGUUACCAGAAAGCCGUCGAGCCGACGCCACCGGCCCUUCCACCAAAGGCCAAGCCUCGGAGAAGCGCAGAGGACUGGGAGACCCUCAGACGGGAAAUCCAGGAGCUGAAGGAAAACCUGGCGGCGCUGAGGAUGAAGGAUAUCCCUCCGUACUUCCGCUCUGAGCCGGGGAAAGCCUUCCUGCUCGCACAGGCUGCAGACGCUGCUCUCCAUUCCAGAAAACCCCCGCCGCUCCCCAGCGAGCGAGAAAAUGAGAAAGAUCCGGAGAGGAGGAUUACGGAGCCUCAAACAGCCUGCGAGGCGGAUAACAGGCUGUCUGUCUGCGGGAUCGCGGUCUCCCCCGGCAGCGGCGCGGAGUCAGGCGGCCCGGAGAGAGCCCUGCAGGGAGGUGGAAGUUACCCCAAUGGGCCAGAGAUGGUGUCACCGACAGCCUAUCGCCCCCCAGCCCCGAGCCUGAGCGUGGACGUGACCGGACAGCCGAGGAAAGGGAAAGUAUUACUGCCGACCUCCAUCCGGAGCGCCAAACCGCCAUCCGUCCCCCGCGCCAAGCUCUCCUUGGCGGAGGAUCCCGUGAGAUGCAGCGGUAACUCUCUGUCCGGAUCGGCCCCGACAAGCAGGGGAACUAAGCGCCUCCCCGGAGGAUUCCACCUCUUCCCGGCGGCCGUGCAGUUCGGCGUCCUCUGCGAGGGCUUCACCUACGCCACGGCGGUCACCGUGAAGAACGUUGGCGUGGACUUUAGCAGGUUCCACGUGAAGCGUCCGUCUCCCAGCAGCGGCCUGAGAGUCACAUAUACCCCGGGACCGGUGGCCGCCGGGAUGGAGACCAAGCUGGAGCUGGAGCUGUUUGCGAUGGCCGUCGGCCUGGAGGGAGCGGAGGGAGAAGCCGAGUGGAGUCACUGCGUGGAGCUUCACACCGAGCUGGAGAGCCUCUUCUUACCGCUCACUGCAACAGUCCUCACACAGAAGGUGUAUGAAAGCAGGAGCGAGAAGGAGCUCGCGAAAGGAAGGAGCCCCGGAGUGAGACUGGUGAGCACCGAGCCCAACGCCAGGCUGGGAGUCCUGAGACCCACGAAGGCUCUGCGGACAGACGCCGAGCGAUUGAACCGGAUGUUUGGGACAACUCGAGGGCCUUGGAAUCCGUGCAUUAAACACUGUUCUGUUACAUUUCAAUAAAGUUCUAUGCGUUUGAA